ACCAAUGCUGGCAUCGUGAUUGUCGGCGCUAUGUGUUUCGUGACUUCUUGCUCCGCUGCAUUAACGUCUACUGUGCAGCAGUGACAGCGUGGAUGGUAGCCGUGUCGUGUCGCAUGUGUGAUCGCGAGUGCCAGCCAUCUCGGAUUGUUCGCAGCAGCGACAUUCGUGCCCACGCGUUUGCGCCCAUUUGGUCGACGCUCUCUCGUGGUUGCGUGAGAAAAUGGAUUUCGCCAGCACAGUGUCCGCGUGAGACGCACGACACCGCUGCCUCUAUCUUCUUUUGAGACCGUCGUGUUCUUGGACAAAGCCAUGCUGAAACUGCUGCUCAACCACUGGCAAGAGUCGUACCACAAGGCUCCGACCAGGGUUACCAGCGAGGACCCGCUGCUUUGCACGGACCUCGCCAAGACUCGACCGAACGAGGAGUACCUGGUGUCCAGGGUUAACCCACUCUUCGUAGACUCCAGCAGUGAAGUUUCACCAAGUAGCACCAUCAACAAACCAUCAACAUCCACCAAGACCACUGCUGAAGUCCACAGUUCACAGGACGGCGAUAACGAAGUCGCUUCGACAUCCAAACAGCCUCCGAAACCGCCGGAUCCACCGAGAGAAGCUGCUGAAUUAGCUCCAGCAUCAACUGUUGCGGAGAAAAGUUCCCAUUUCGAAGCUUCUACGAAGACAGACGCGACGGAUGUGGAAGCUGUAGUGACAGCUGAUAGUGAUAAAAAGACCAGCGAGUCGCAGCCAUCGGAAGGCGACUCAUCUAAGGACUCGCUGGAGACUGACAGGUCCUCCUCACCGAAGCCCUUGGUGGAGCUUCGCGAGUGGCAAGAGAACAAGCAAGAGGACAGAGUGCUCAACCGCUUGAGAAGUUCGGGGAGGGCGUCGCUCAUCACAAAAGAAAAACUCAACCUCGUGGAGAAAGUGAUCGCCGAGAGACUCGGAAAGAGGAUUCCGGAACCGGGAAUCCGUAAGACAAUCGAGCUUCUCAGGAACGAGUCGGCACCACCGUCCCCGCAGCAGACGCUUCUACCAGUUGCAAAGAGAGGGCAGGUCGAAGAAGACCUCGAGCAGCCUUCCACGUCAGCAUCGCCAGUAGAGCUACCUUCGACAAGCAACAUCGACAAGCAGGAAAGUCCUGUGCCACCCGUGACUCACCCACAGCCGGCUUCAACCGAGGAGACGGCAUCGGUCGUCGACGGCAGCGUCCAAGCCGAAACGAGCAAGACUCCCGAAACUCCAUCUGAAGCGGGGUCUUCAGUCGCCUCAGCGUCUGCGCCGAAGGACGAGACGUCGGAAACAGUCAGCAUGCCCAAAAUCGAGGACGCCCACUCCGACUCUAUGACCGAUUCAUCCAACAGCAAGAAGGAGGAGCGCAAGAACGGCAAGUCUUCCGGUCCCUCCACAUCGGAGGACAGCGGAAUCACGAGAGGCGACCAGGUCUACUCGGAUACGGGACGGCGCAAGAUUUCGACAAAGUCCGACUCCUCGGAUCAGAGUAGUUCCGAGGCCAGUAGAGGAAAGCGUCACCGCAGGAUCAAGAAGGACUCGUCCCGGGACAGCACCAAGAAGCGGCACAAGUCGUCUUACAAGUCUCGCUGCAGCUUCUGCAACAAGGCGGCCAAGAAGUCCCACCAGAGAGGCGGUCAUAAGCACAAGCACCGGAGCAUGGCAGAGUCCGGCCUGGUUUCCGGUUCCGGCUCACUAUCGGACCUGGCCUUCGAGCAUCCGUGGCUGAGCGACAGCUGCACGGCACACUGCCGCCAAAAGCGGUCCUCCAUCACGUGCAUGGAGAGCUGCAGGGACUACCCUUGCGAGGAUUUCCACAACGCCGUUUACAGGUAUCCCGGAGGCCACGUAGGAUGCGAAGGCUGCAGCUGCAUCCGUGCCCCGUUUCCCGAGUGCUGCCGCUGGGGCGACGUUCCUCGCAGCCGCUACUCGUGGAACGGCAGCGAGGCGGCGGCCGUGGCAGCGGCUGGCGGACACCCACUCUGUGCUUGUCGCCGGGCGCACCCCAUGUUCUCGUCCAGGAGGAAAGUCAAGUUCGCCCACAAGUCUAAGGACUCUCUGCAGCAGAAGGCUGAGCUGAAUGAGGACGAGGAAGAUGCUGAUCGGGUGUCCGGUGAGGGCAACAACGACACCGCCACUAAGUCUGACCAGGGCAGCUUCGGCGAAGUGCCGCCCAAGGAGUCUCCAUCCAAUGGCCAUAUUCUGGCUGAAAAUGGCCUGCUCGAAAAGCAGCAGGGGCCUACGGGACCUCCAUACGCCUGGGAGGAAUGGCGGCGAUACAUGCGCGAAAAGAACCUUCGCUCCCGUCGCAAGAGGGCGCUCUGCAUGGGUGUCAUUGCACUCUCCAUUAUACUCUUCGUCGGCAUCUCCGUGUCCUUGGGACUCGCCUACUUGCGCAGAAAGUUCUGAUGCACAGCCAGUGUUCCGGGGACCGGAGCAGUCAGGGGAUAGCGACUCCGCUGGCGUUUCUGCGAGGCCUGUCUCCUUCCGAACACCCUCAGUACGGCCCCGGCCUUUACGGAUCCCAUUAUCUUGCAAUAGUUGAACGCCCAGCGUUCUUACAUAAGCUAAUAUAUGACCCAGCAACAUGGCAGGAGUUAGAAUUGUAUGCAUAUCAUCCACAGAUUUUGGAUCAUCGAGAGCGAUAAAUGCGUUUGACGCACACGAUAUCAAAAGCUGAGCAUCCACAACUCAUCAAUAACAUUUAGCGGAUGAAAUUGCGAAUCUUUUUCGUUGGUUUCUGUGUUAUAGUUUCUAGAAAUUAUCAAAAUCGAAGCUUAGAGAGACAGUAUGAAUAGCGUGUAGGGGUCCAUCAUAGAAGUUAAGCAAUCGGCCACGGACACAGGAGAGGGGACGGUUUUCCAUUCACUGUGUCCAUUUUUGCACGCUUCACGCUAUCUACGAUAGCAAAAUUUAUUGCUACGAAGACGGUACUAACUGGCUGUCAGUUUCACUCCAAGAAUAAGUAUGCUUUCAAUACUAGAAUUUUAUAGGCACAGAACUCUGACGCGACUCUUUACAAAGCAAGUCGUGACUCGAGUAGUCAGUCGUUUGAAACAAUAAUGUGCAAAGCACGCCCGCUUAUAUGCAUUCCACAAAGAUAGACACUUUCCCAGACACAUAAUGUGGCCGUAUAUGAGGUAUACACAGCUGCUAAACGCCUCGUAAUACCGUUACCAGAAAUGUAGCGGCUCUUUCUCAAACAGCUUCAGUUUAGGAAUGGGAAAUUGUGCAACUGCCACUAGCAUGCAAUAUGUUCUUAACAUAGUGUUGAUACACCGAUGACAACAGCUUUCUCAUCCAAUUGUGUGCCCUGCCAAGCGAUAAGACAGCGAAGACUCAUCAUGGAGACGACGUGCGAUCAAACCAUUGAGUGCGGUCUCCGAAGUCGUCGGUCCGCACGAGCAGUUAUUAGUGACUAUCAGUGAGUACGGACACCAGGCCGCCAGGAGUGGAUGGACGCUGUGCUUGUUAUCCCGUUGCCGUGCGCGUGUUUCAAGCGAUGUGCCGCCUCCUUCGAAAGCCAUCAUAUACAACGUGCACAGCCGCCGUUGCUUCCUGACACACCCCAGAGGAAAAUGCCUGUGGAAGUCUUCCUUUUCCUCUGUUCUUCACAAGAAAAGACACUAACAAGUGCGCGCAUAUAUUUCCGAUAUACAGCAGUUUUCAGCCAAGAGCCCAUAAACGAGGCAUACCGGAUGCAUGCCACUGCUUCUUUGUAUGUUUAUUUGUUUGUUUGUUGAAUGCUUGUCUCUAUAUGUCUACCCACUGUAUAGUUAGACGGUAUGUGGAUCACUUCGUGGUAAAUGAUCAAACGUGAUCGUGCGAUCAUGUGGUCUUGACAUUAGAUCUACCAUUAAAGCAAGAGAAAAUCAAGAAAUGAAAAAAAAAACCGGAUUGCUUAUAGUCAAGUGAUGAUCAUCAGUCAGGAAGUUUGCGUCAUCAUUUUCCUCAAGUGUCUUAUUUGUUCCAAUGUGGCCAGAGACACUGGAGUGAGCUGUUGAAUGCACUGUGGAAAUGUUUCUUGUUACACACACACACAUCUUCGUGCAAAAUUCCUUACAAGAGAGCAGCUUUCAUCGACCUCCAUAAAGAAAGAAGCCCGACGAAAUCGCUUCAUUGCGAAGUCCUGCGCGUUGGAAUGUAGCGCCUGCUGACUGAUGUGUUCAAGGACCUUCCAUAUAUACUUGCUGUGCGCACUGCCAGGAUCUAGGAACUACCAGUGUUGGGAAUUGGGCGCGAACGCGUCGUUGCUGAGAACAACUGGCUAGAAGUAUUCGCUUCUUUUAUUGCACUGCACUGUGGAUCUUCAUUAUCACGGACGUCUCAUAAUGUCCUCGUAUCUUACUGGCUCAACCACGAGAAGUGAUUGUGUGUUUGUGUUAAACCGCCUGCAUAGUUUCUGCUUUCUUGCAGGAAACGGCGGCAAGGACCCUUUCAGAGAGGCUGCUGAGGUUUCACGUUAUUUAUAUUUAUUCGGCCUGCAAACAAAUGUAUUGGCGUCAUGUCAGAUACUGGAGCAGCAGCAUUCCUUGGUUACCGAGUUCCUAGGUCCAGGGGGUCCAAGGGCCUGAGGAACAGGUUCAGUUAUUAUCGAUAUCCUUAAUUAAGGAAUGAUUCCUGCUUGCUAUAGCUGUGCUGUGGACUGCUAGUAUACUGCUGACGAACGACAAACAUUCGCGGCUGAACGCUGCUUACGUCACACCUUCGUCGGAUAAAAGCGACAAAAAUAAGUGCCAACGAUAUAUGUAGCAAGAAACACGAUUUGAAGUGAGCUUCUGGAUGACUGUUUUGUCAGCUUUCUACAGCACACCUUGUUUUUGCCAACUCCACACCAAGGCAGGCUUAACUGAGAACAGUAUCAGCUGAAAAAUAAAGACCCUAGAGGAAAGGAACGACUCAAUAUAUGCCGCACGAUACGCGGUUGGGCAUGUCUGAAUUUUUUUUGUGUUGUCCAGCUGUUUCAGUCGCUAUACGGGGUUAUUGACUCUCCGAGCUACUAGCGUAGUCACUAGUCCAAGAAAAUGCUAUUACAGGCGCAGUAUGGAAGCAUUCAAUGCCUCUGUGCCUGCAGGGUAUAGUUUUGUCCAAGAGUUUUAACUGGUUACUUAUUGUGUUGAAUUUUAAUUUGUUGGUGCAGUAAUUAUAACUUAAUACGCUUAUACCACGGAUUCAUUUCUGCCUGCUGCAGAGUUGUUGCUAUCGGUGUGCUUCGUGAGACGAAAUAAAAUUUUUCUCACAGUUUCUU